CGAGGAAAACAAGGAGCGGGCCAAUCAGAGCGCUCGGUGCACGAGCCGCAGCCGCUAUUCAGGCCCUUAUAAACCCGAGGAGCCGCAGCUGGGGCAUAGUUUCUGCUCCUUCUCCUCCUGCGGCCUUCUUUGUUUACACAGGAGCCGACGAUGCUGCUGCUGCUUGUCGCUGCCGUGGCCGUGUGCCUGAACGCAGCCCUUUCGGCCCCCGCGCUGGACGCACAGCUGGAUCAGCACUGGCAGCUGUGGAAGAACUGGCACAAGAAGGACUACCACCAGAAGGAGGAGGGGUGGAGGAGGAUGAUCUGGGAGAAGAACAUGAGGAAGAUCGAGCUGCACAACCUGGAGCACUCCAUGGGAAAGCACACGUACCGCCUGGGCAUGAACCGCUUUGGAGACAUGACCAACGAGGAGUUCAGACAGGUCAUGAACGGCUACAAGCCCAAAAACGCGUCCAAGGCCCGAGGCUCUCUGUUCAUGAAGCCCAACUUCCUGAAAGUCCCCGAUUCCCUGGACUGGAGGCAGCACGGCUACGUCACCGCCGUGAAGGACCAGGGUCAGUGCGGCUCCUGCUGGGCCUUCAGCACCACCGGAGCUCUGGAGGGGCAGCACUUCAGGAGGACCGGCAGCCUGGUGUCGCUGAGCGAGCAGAACCUGGUGGACUGUUCCAGACCCGAAGGCAACGAGGGCUGCAACGGCGGCCUGAUGGACCAGGCCUUCCAGUAUGUGGAGGACAACAACGGACUGGACUCUGAGGAAUCCUACCCUUACCUGGCAACCGACGAUCAGCCAUGUCGGUACGACCCGGCCUUCAACUCUGCCAACGACACCGGUUUUGUGGACAUCACCAGUGGCAGCGAGGACUCGCUUCUGUCUGCGCUGGCCUCCGUUGGACCCGUGUCGGUGGCCAUCGACGCCAGCCAUCAGUCCUUCCAGUUCUACAGUGGAGGGAUCUACAACGAACCAGAGUGCAGCAGUUCCGAGCUGGACCACGGGGUGCUGGCAGUGGGUUACGGCACAGAGAACGGCCAGGACUACUGGAUCGUCAAAAACAGUUGGAGCACCAGCUGGGGAGAGGAAGGCUUCAUCAGGAUGAGCAGGAACAGGGAGAACCAGUGCGGCAUCGCCACUGCAGCCAGUUACCCACUGGUUUAACGGCUGCACCGUUUAGUUCUAUUUUCAAUGCCGUGACUUUGAAGAGGAGCAGGCGGCACACGGCUUCAGACGGAGACGCUAAACAUGAAUAUGAAGCUGAACACUGUUUUUAGGGAAUUUUUUUUUUAUGCCACUUUAUUUGUUUUGAAAAGGUUUUAGUUCAAAGUUUUACUCUGUAAAUAUGUAUGUUCUACUUGAGUGAGGCAGUAAUGGAAUACUUGCUCUGAUCAUUGUAAAUGAUUUUCUUUUCUACUUUUACUGUGAUUAAAGUAUUAAAACACUA